AUGCCGGGCACCACGCAAGAACCAACUCAAGUUCCAAUUUUGGACCCUACAUCUGAGAACAACGAGGAGAUUGAUCCAGCAGUCGACCGUGACAGAAUCAGAGUUCUAUCUGGUGCGACGGAGACGGCUGCAUCGUUCCAAUUCGAUGGCGAGGACCACACCCUGGGCAACGCGCUAAGAUACAUAAUCCAUAAGAACCCCGACGUCGAAUUCUGUGGUUACUCUAUCCCGCAUCCCUCAGAAGCUAAGAUGAACUUGCGUAUUCAGACAUACGACGGUGUCAGUGUAUAUACUGUGCUCGAGAAGGGUCUUGAGGAUCUUAUGAACAUGUGCGAUGUCGUCGAGCAGAAAUUCACCAUUGCACGAGAUGACUUUGUCAACAAGAUGGAGGAGUAA